CAUCAGCAGACUCACCCACUGUCCGUCUGUCCAGCACCCAAUCCACCGCUCGCUCCCUCACUACUCGCCUAGGGUUAGGGGCUUUGGGGCGCGCGGGCGGCCGGUGGCCGGCGAGCGCGCACAUCGCCGAGGAUUGGGUGCGGCCGGCGGCGUCUCCACGUCUGCGGAGGGCAUGGUCGCACGGAGGCAAGAGCUGCGGAGCACGGGAGGCGGAACGCUGGGCGACCACUGCGGCACCGCCGGAGGACGGAGGCGGAGCACGUGCUGUGGCCUGCGAUCUGCCACUGCGUCCGUACCAGCUAUUCCUUGGAAGGGUUUCAUUUUUUUCAGUCAUAGAUUGUGGCGUCAAGCUUUGACUAUCUGGAGGGAGUCCAUGCUGCUUUUGUUUAUGAAUAAACAAAUUUCUUCCAUAUUCCGAAGUGCAGGCAGCAGAUGUCGGACUGCUUCAAAGUUCUUGUCGCCCAUUUGUUCUUAUUAUCUUAGCGUGGUACUGUGGGAUUAGCACCCUCUGUUGUUUAACUUGUUUCUGAACACUGAACGUUUCUUCAGUCAUGUUCAUCUUUACUGACAAAGCAUGGGAGAUCAAUCUUUUAUGCCAGCGGCUCAGGACCCUUUUAUUUCA